CGCGCAUGCGCGGAGCCGCCGUUGCCGGCGGGGGAAGAUGGCGGCGGAGCGCUGAGGGACGGGACGGGAGAGGUGGAACCGACCCGACCCCCCCGCCGCGCCAGCGACUCCCAUGGCCCGGGGCCGGCCCGGCAGCCGCGUCCCCGCUGCGCCUGCUCGGGCCGCCACAGCGCCCGGGCCCCGCUGAGCGCCCAGGCCUGACUCGCGGGGCCUGACCCAUCGCCACCCCGAGGCGUCUGCGCCGGGCCGGGGCCGGGGAACCGGGACAGAGACGGCGGCCGCCCGGGCCCAGCACCCCGCCGAGCAGCAGCGGCCGCUCUGGGCCCGGCCCAGCCGCCAGGAUGUCCGACAACCAGCCGAACGCCAACAACCACCACCCGGCCAACAACACCGGGGCCGCCGGCGGCAACAACCGGGGCGUCCGCAACCCCAACCUCAACCAGAACCCCCUGAUCAACGUGCGCGACCGCCUCUUCCACGCGCUGUUCUUCAAGAUGGCAGUGACCUACGCGCGCCUCUUCCCGCCCUCCUUCCGCCGCGUCUUCGAGUUCUUCGUCCUCCUCAAGGCUCUCUUCGUGCUCUUCAUCCUGGCCUACAUCCACAUUGCCUUCUCCCGCUCGCCCAUCAACUGCCUGGAGCACGUGCGGGACAAGUGGCCCCGCGACGGGAUCCUGCGGGUGGAGAUCCAGCGCAACUCCAGCCGGGCCCCCGUCUUCCUGCAGUUCUGCGGCGGAGAGAAGUUCCCGGGAAUGGUGGUUGAGUCCGCGGCUGAGGAGGAGGAGGAAGAAGAGGAAGAAAUGACUGUGGAUAUGUUUGAAAACAGCUCUAUCAAGUUUGAGCUGGAUAUCGAGCCCAAGGUGUUCCUCAAGCCGUCCCGGGUGAGCAGCACUGAGCUGCCCCACAACGACAGCCAGGAGUUCUCGUUUAGUGACACAGCCACUAAAGUGUGGCCACAGGAGGAGUACAUUGUGGAGUACUCGCUGGAAUACGGCUUCCUGCGCCUGUCCCAGAGCACACGGCAGCGCCUCAGCAUCCCAGUCAUGGUGGUGACCCUGGACCCUACGAGGGAUCAGUGCUUUGGGGACAGGUUCAGCCGCCUGCUGCUGGACGAGUUCCUGGGCUAUGAUGACAUCCUGAUGUCAAGUGUCAAAGCUUUAGCUGAAAACGAGGAAAACAAAGGUUUCCUUCGCAAUGUGGUGUCUGGGGAGCACUAUCGCUUCGUCAGCAUGUGGAUGGCCAGGACGUCCUACCUGGCAGCCUUUGUCAUCAUGGUCAUCUUCACUCUGUCUGUCUCGAUGCUGUUGCGCUACUCACACCAUCAGAUCUUUGUCUUCAUUGUUGACCUGCUACAGAUGCUGGAGAUGAACAUGACCAUUGCGUUCCCUGCGGCUCCGCUCCUCACUGUCAUCCUGGCUCUGGUUGGUAUGGAGGCCAUAAUGUCCGAGUUCUUCAAUGACACCACGACCGCGUUCUACAUCAUCCUCAUCGUGUGGCUGGCGGACCAGUACGACGCAAUCUGCUGCCACACCAACACCAGCAAGAGGCACUGGCUCAGGUUUUUCUAUCUGUACCACUUUGCCUUCUAUGCCUACCACUACCGCUUCAACGGGCAGUACAGCAGCCUGGCACUGGUCACCUCCUGGCUCUUCAUCCAGCACUCGAUGAUUUAUUUCUUCCACCACUACGAGCUGCCAGCCAUCCUGCAGCAGAUCCGGAUCCAGGAGAUGCUGCUGCAGAACCAGCAGGUCGGGCAGGGCACCCAGACCACGCUGCAGGACAACCUCAACAACAACACCACGGCCGCCCCCGUCGAGGCGGGGGGUCACCGAGCCCCCCUGGCCACCGGGCCCCCCGGGGAGGGCGGCAGCCCGACCACCCUGACCCCCGGCGAGGCCUCCAGCGUCAUCGCCGCCUCCGUGGGCAGCGACCUGAACUGGGUGGCCGAGACGGCCGCUAUCGUGACAGAGGCCUCGUUCCUGUCCGACCUGAGCACGACCCUCCUGGAACCCGCCGUGGUGCACGAAGCCGUGGCCAACGGGACCCCUCAGGAGGCGGCCACGGCCUCUGGUUUGGUCGCCCGCAUCAGGGUCAGCAGUGACCGCCCAGAGACGGCCGUGGGCUCCAUCACCAUCGAGGUCACCUCGACGUCCGUGGUGGCCGCAGCAGAUGCUCCCCCUGCUGCGGGGGCUGCGCCCCUCGUCCCGUUGCAGGAAGGGGGGGGCCCCUGUCCUCAGCCCCUCCCUUCCCAAGCAGACUGAGGCUCUCGAGGGCUCAGACAGCCGAGCAAAACCCGGUGGCAAGAACUGCGUGGGCAGCAGCAGCAGCGUGGCAGAGCCCCCUCCAGCCUCAGGGGGGGACAAUGACCAGGACAGAGG